AUGAACAAACAAGACGACUUUGAACUUGCUCCUAUUGACCCCGAGAUCGAACGUACUUUCAGAAAAAGGAGAAAGGCUCAACAGGCUAAAAGCUGCGGCACUAUGGCUGAACGUGUUGAUGAUGAGGCGGAUGGCCAGCAAGUUACUAAUCCCAUUAUUUUGGCGGAUGACAGAGCCAGAGCAAUACGGGAAUACACUGCCCCCAUGUUUAAUGAGCUAAAUCCAGGCAUUGUGAGGCCAGAAAUACAAGCACCUCAAUUCGAGCUCAAGCCAGUGAUGUUUCAAAUGCUCCAAACCGUGGGGCAGUUCAGCGGGAUGCCAACGGAGGAUCCUCAUCUCCACCUCCGUUCAUUCUUGGAGGUGAGCGAUUCCUUUAAGCUUCAAGGAGUGAGUGAAGAAGCAUUAUGGUUGAAGCUAUUUCCAUUCUCGUUAAGAGACCGAGCUAGAUCAUGGCUCAACACUUUGCCUUCUGAUUCCGUCACAAAUUGGAAUGAUCUAGCUGAGAAAUUUCUACGAAAAUAUUUACCUCCCACCAGAAAUGCAAAAUUCAGAAGUGAAAUUAUGUCUUUCCAGCAGCUUGAAGAUGAAUCUACCAGUGAUGCGUGGGAGAGAUUUAAAGAGCUUUUGUGGAAGUGUCCACACCACGGCAUCCCGCACUGUAUACAGAUGGAGACCUUCUAUAAUGGCCUCAAUGCAGCUUCUAGAAUGGUGUUAGAUGCCUCGGCCAAUGGUGCUAUUUUGUCCAAGUCUUAUAAUGAAGCAUUUGAAAUUUUGGAGAGAAUUGCAAGCAACAAUUAUCAAUGGUCCAACACGAGAGCUUUGACAUGUAGGAAAGUGGCAGGGGUUCUUGAAGUAGAUGCCUUAACGGCUUUGACAGCUCAAAUGGCAUCAAUGACCAAUAUUUUGAAAAAUCUGAGUUUGGGAGGCAACAUUCAGCCAGCUGCCGCUAUUCAAAGUGGAGACAUUUCCUGUGUGUAUUGUGGAGAUGGGCAUAUGUUUGAAAACUGCCCGUCCAACCCAGCUGCAGUUUGUUAUGUGGGUAACCAGAAUUACAAUCGCAACAAUAGCCCAUACUCAAAUUUGUAUAAUCCAGCUUGGAGGCAGCAUCCGAAUCUGUCUUGGGGGGGGGGGGGUCAAGGAGCAAGUUCCAGAGGAGCGCCAGCACAAGGGAAACAGUCAUUUCCGCCAGGUUUUUCUCAACAACCAAGGGCUCAGCAACCUCACCAAUCUCAAGGCUCUCAAUCUAGUUCUUUGGAGAGUUUAAUGAGGGAUUAUAUGGCAAAGAAUGAUGUGGUGAUUCAGAGCCAAGCAGCGUCUCUUCGUAACCUGGAAAUGCAGUUUGGGCAACUGGCUAAUGAUCUGAAAAAUAGGCCACAAGGUUCUUUGCCUAUUGACACUGAGAAUCUGCGGAGGGAUGGUAAAGAACAUUGCAAGGCAAUUAAUUUACGAAGUGGAAAAAUUCUGGAAAAUGAUGAGGAGAAAACAAAGGGCAGUAGGGAGCCCACUUCAAUCCAAACAGAGGGAGAAUCUAGUCAAAAAUCAGCAAGUGAAGCUAUUGAAACUGGCCCAGUUGAUACAGCAUUGGGUCAGCAAUCUGUUCCAGUAAAGACGUUGCACAAGCCGCCCCCACCAUUUCCUCAACGUUUUAGAAAACAGCAGCAAGAUGGGCAGUUCAGGAAGUUUCUGGAUGUACUGAAACAACUCCAUAUCAAUAUUCCCUUAGUGGAAGCAUUGGAGCAAAUGCCAAAUUACGUAAGUUUCUAA